AUGAAGCCUGGAGUCGCAGUGGGACGGGCAAUAAUAGGUGGUGCUCUUGCCCAGCUCCAAGGGAAUCGCGCGCAGUCCGCCGUGGCAGUGACAGCCCAGAGGCGCCUUGGUCCCGCCAAUCAUAAGCUGCCAGCGGGGCCCCCAGCGGCCUGUGAGUGGCUAGGUUGGGCGCUCGGUGAUCGCAGCCGUUGGACCCGCUCAAUCGGUGCCUGGGUGCCUGGGUGCCUGGGUGCGUCGCCACCGUUUCUGCCUGAGGCCGCUACGGAAACAAAUUGUAGUCCUGUCCUUGUUCCAGGCGUCUCUUUCAGCAUUCUUGUUGGGGUUAAACUUCCAGCAGUCGUUCCGAUUACGGUAGGGACCUUGCAAUGGGUGCACCAGGCGACUUUUAGGGUGCUUUCAUUGCCUGUGACAGACACCGCCGCCGAAGAAGCAUAG